GACUAGCUCACUUUAGUUCAGGAGUGGGUAGAUGUGUCUUUUUUUCUAUUUUUUAAUAAAGUGGUAAAUUGUAAUAGUAAUGAUAUAUUUAAUACUAAAUAAUAUUUAUUUUCAUUUAAUGUGUCGAAUGACCAGACAUCGCUUGUUUUUUGUUGGGAAAACGGUAUGACGUUGUCGUUUUUAGAAUGGUACGUCUCAAACUCAAACUAUUUUGCGGGAAAAGGCUUUCCUCCUUAGAGAAAAAUGUCAACAACACGUCCGGUGAACUGGUCAAAAAAUAGAUUCCAAUGAGUGCCAAAAAGGGGCGAGGGCGAACAAAGGUUCUCCCAGAGCCGCAAAAACAAAGCCAAAUGGAGAAGACGUCUCUGGAUCAGGCGGAUUGCUCCACCCUUUCAGGCGUAGACAAAGCCAGCUUUAUGGAGGGUCUGCAGCGCAAUGUCGGAAUGCCUCUUCACAGCACCGCCGUGGAGGAGGACUUGCAUGUUCUGGAAGAUGGACAGACCGGCAAAAAAACAAAGCAAAGCGGCUCAGAGCAAAACACGGACAAGAAGAAAAGAAGGAGGACUAUAAAGGCUAGUCCUCAGGGGGCAACAGCAGAGCACACCGACGAAAGAAAAAAGGAGAACGUCCCAGCCACCUCAUCAUCAAGCUCUCAGUCAGUUAGAAUUAAGCCUGCCAAGAGGAGAACUGCAGGGCAGGUGGCUGCAGGAAGAGCUCUGAAAAUCCAGCAGAUGAGGAAAAAUAAAGAUCCAGAAAGGAAACUAAGCAGUGGAGGAACCAGUGACGUUCAAUCGCAGGAGGAAUCGGAUUCUGAACCAGCCCAGCGGAGACGCAGAAGCAUCCUGUCAUCUGAGGAUGAGAAAGACGAAGAUGGAAGCUGGCAACCAAGUCCGAAGAAGACGAAAAGUCUUAGUUUGGGCCGAACCAGGAGGUCUUUACUUGAUGGGGCUAAACGUCGAAGGUCUUCUUCAGGUGGAACAGCUAAGGAGUUGGGAAAAGUAAAUGUUGAUGAACCAAAAUGGAGACUUGGGAGUGGAGCAGUCACAGACAUGGAGGUGGUGCUGGAUGCCUUCCUCAACAUGUGUGAAGACUACAGGGAGUCUGUGGAGUCUUCAGCAGCCAAGAAGUCCAUCGCUUGUUUCUCCAACAAUGUCAAAGAGCAACUCCUGGAGAAGAUCUCUUCCACUAAGGAGCUCCGGGUUCUCAAAAGAGAAAACGCCAAGGUGGGCUCCCUGAUCCGCACAAAGACGCAGAGACUGCUGGAUGUCAAGCACGAGCUGAUGCGCGCACAAAGACAGGUGGGAUUGCUGGAGAAGGAGAAAGCCGAGCUUCAACAAAGAUUAGAAGAUCUGAGGCGAGGUCAGGCCUUCCUCCGUGACAUGAGAGAGCUAACAGGACGAUACCUGGAGUACCGGCGGCAGCAUCCCUCCGAGAGAGAGACGUACGGAGCAUCCAGUUUACCGGCUCUGCUGCUGGAGACAAAGAUAAUUCAGGCAGAAAAGCAUCAGCAGAAGGGAAACGAUGAACAACGGGAGGAAAGACGAGCAACAGGACUGAAAGAAUAAAUUAUAGAUUAUAUUCAUGUAUUUCUUUUUUGUUUAUUCUUGUUUUUCAAUAAACUCUACAACAUCUAAUAA